UCACCACUUAAGUGUACUCGUUGCCCCUUAUCAAACAACAUCAGCUGGUUUAAACUGACGCACCGAUAUAACGUCACUCAGUGUUUUAAAUUAUCUGUUAGAUUAAGAUAUGUCGAAAUAGUUUAUAUAGAUUUUCAAAAAGGAAACCGUUCUACUUGCAUCUAUUGGACAUCUUGGACAUUUUAGGUUCAUUUAAAGGGAUAAAUUUUACAUGUACGUUACGUCUGUUUUUUGAGUGUUGCAGGAUUCAAGUGUAUAAAUAAUGGAACACAUUUCGCCAUUUUUAUGUAAAUAUUUAGAAGAACUCUAAACUAUGACAAUAUUCCAAGGAAGUUUUAAUAACGAUCUAACCUAAACAUCUUACAGGUAACCAGGAGAGGAUACUAUUCAUUUCAACAAGGAAAAACAUCGUUUUGAUAAGCUGACCAGUCUUCAGAGACAAAUAGCCAGUGGUCAUCACAAGGAUUUUGCCUGUCUCAAGUUCAUAGAACUGUACGUGGCGACAGUAAGGGAGGCUAGGAACAAUAUUCUGCUCCACAGCACUUAAUUCAGGAGGGAAGCAAUGUAUCGGCUGUUUGAGAAUGCGACCGAAAUUGAGGAGCCACUGCAGGGAAAUGUGACAGGUUGUCUUCCAGAGUGGCUAAGUGGCUCCUUGUACCGCAAUGGACCUGGGAUGUACGAGGUCGGAGAAGAGAAAAUGCUUCACUGGUUUGACGGAAUGGCGUGUUUGCAGCGCUUCGAAAUCCGCAACGGUAGCGCCACCUAUAUGCGGAAAUACAUACAGAGCGACACCUACCAUCAGAACCUCAGCAUGAACAGGAUUGUCAAUACUGAGUUCGGCACCUAUGCAGAUUAUGUCGAUCCAUGUAAAAAGAUUUACGAAAAGAUCAACACGUACUAUAUUCCUAAAACGGACAACACAUCGGUCACUGUCUGGCCACUGGGUGACCGGAUGUACGUCAGCUCUGAAACCAACGUUAGUAAUGAGGUCGACCCGGACACGCUAGAAACCAUUGGCAAGCUUGACAUCAGUAAAUCUUUAAAAUUGGAUGCCGCCGCUGCGCAUGCUCACUGGGAGACGGAUGGUACGGUCCAUUUCAUUGGCUACACUUACACGGCUCAUCCUUGCUACUGUCUCUACAAAGUGCCAGGCCGACCAGGUGGCGCUAUGGACAUCAGUGAAGCCCGCGUGAUGUCAUCAAUUAAGUGCAAAUGGCCAUUGUUUCCAUCCUAUUACCACAGUUUCGCCAUGACGAAGAACUUCUACGUUUUCAUUGAGCAGCCGUUCGUACUGAAUCUAGCUAAGGUUGUCAACAUGGUUAAAACUAAAAAUGCCAUUAUCGAUUGUAUGGAUUUUCGUCCAAUGAAUAAGACCGUCUUUCACAUCGUGGACAGACACACAGGACUGGAAAUUAACGGCGACUUCGUUUAUCAGACAGAUCCCAUGUUUUUCUUCCACCAUGCCAAUAUGUACCAGGAGGGAAGUAAUCUCGUACUUGACCUUUGCUCGUUCAGAGACGCCCGAAUUCUCAAACUAUUAUAUCUAAAAGAUCUGGAGAAGGAAACGUUCCAGGACACAAAGUCAUGUGAGGAAAUUAAGACCUGUCGACUCCGACGAUUUGUACUUCCCCUUAACGUCUCAAAGGAGACACCUCUAAAUGAAAGUCUUCUACACCGCCCGGGAUGUAGUGCAACUGCCGUCCGGAAAACGGAGAAAAACAUUUUCCUGACCAGCGAACAAAUGCACAAUGAAGGAUUCGAAUUCCCUCAGAUCAACUACGGCAAGUACAACGGGAAGAAAUACCGACAUCUGUACGGCUAUAGUGUGUUCAAAUCCGGUCAACAGGCGUUGGUUAAGAUAGAUAUGCAAACCAAGGAAAGCCAAUCGUGGAGUGAAGGGGCCUGUCACCCUUCGGAACCCAUCUUCGUUCCACGUCCAGGUGGCAAAGAGGAGGACGACGGAGUUUUGUUGUCUGCAAUCAAUUCUAACACAGAGGGUAAAUACGCCUUUUUGUUAAUUCUGGACGCGAAGACAUUCACUGAGUGUGCCCGAGUGGAGUUUCCGGAUAUCCGGUUUCUGCGGGACUUACAUGGUCUAUUUAGACCACAUUAAUGCUGAUUGUUGAAUGCUGUUGAUAUCACACUAUUCCUAUCUUAGUGAAAUGUGUCAUUCAACAACUUUUGAUCUCUAUUCAGAGACAGACUUGGCUAUAUCGCAAUCGCUAGGACCAUGUAAAACCUCCAGAUCAAAACUAUGAUCUAGCUUUCAUUCAUUCCUUACAAAUGGUUGACAGUCAGUCCCUCGAUGUUUGCCAUUGGUUUAUAGCUGGCAUUUAUUCUAACGAGGUAUACAUGAUUAAAUAACUUAUAAAUUACUAAUCUGUUUUAGUCAAUGGCUGUAAAUGUGAAACGUUAUAAAGUCUUUGGUGUAUACCAUUUUUCCUUUAGCUUUAGUUUUACAUACGUUUUUGACCAAUUUAGAUGCAUGUAUUUGUUUUCAUUACUUUAACCUUAAGUACUACUGCAGAGUCACCAAUGGUACCUACUGGUCCAGUUCCUAAGAAGAAGUCGUUCAAAGACUUGGCUUCCCGCAUCGCUUUAUGUGCUUCUUUACCUCGGGUAUUUAGAUUAUUAUAUUUACUUGUGUCCGAUUUUGUAUAUGUGUCAGAAGAAUUUGUGAUUUGCUUCCUGCACUUACGGUGUAUUUUCAUAUCGAUACUAAUAUCAAUAAUGAUAUUUAUUCAGGACGCGGCAUACACAACAAAACAAUUUCAUAUAUGAAGGUAAUUUACAAAUUUGAUAUCUAUAAGUAACAUAUUUUGCUCUGCCUUGGGACAGUCCAUCAAAGCCAUAGAAAGCUUAUUUUCAAUGGGGUUCCAUAUAUGUAUUAAUGUAUCAUAAUGAAUUAAGUAUUCUAAAAGCAUCAUGCAGAGUGCACUUACUAUUGCUUAAACAGAGUAAAUUAUGAGACCAUUGGUUAUCAAGAAUUUCAACAAGUAUAAGUAGAAUAUCAAUAAAUAAAUUCUAAAACCAUUGAAUAUUUAGAAGCUAAUUUUGAAUCUCAAACGGAUCCCCAUAUUAUAAUAUUUUUGUCACGAAACGAGUUGCAACAAGUUUCACAAAAUUCAGACUGAUUGGUUUCUUUUCUCAACCACAUAUUCAGACGUGGAAUGAGAAGAACAUUGAAAUAGCUUCAUACAUUGCAUUUUCGUGGUUUUUUUAAUAUAUUUGUGUUGUUCAAUGGGUGGUAGAAAUGUUUUUAUGCAUAUCAAAUACAUAUACAAAAAUGCUAGUAAAAACAAAACCUGAUAAUAUAUUGUACACAGUUUUAAAUACUUUUUAUUGAAUGAAAAAUCAACACAUUCCAUCCUUUUGUUCUAGUCAAUAGCAUUAAGUUUGAUUACAUGAUGUCUGAGUGUCUGUAGUCAAUACCUUAAAAAUUUCGAUUUUAAGUGUUCCAAUGUUCUUUGUACUUUCAUGACAUAAAUAAAAGUAUUUGUCAUUCUGGUUAAAUACUAGCUGCUUCCUACCAACUAGUAUUGAGCUUAUUCGGUAGAAUAAAAACCUAUCAAACGAGAAGCUUCGUGUUCGACUCCUAGCCAAGGCAUUGAAAACAUAAUGACCUCUGCUUUAGCGAAUGGUGUUUUAUGGUCCUGCAAAACUUGUGAAAAUUGCUGACAAACUUAAGGUAUAGGAUACUACCAACAUUAUUACCGUUAUUAGUAUUGUGAAAUAUUUGUUUUCCUUUUUAAAAGAAGUAAUCUAUAAACAUCCAUAUAUUGCGAUGUAUUUUGCAGAAUUAUAGUUGUUCGAAAUUUAAAUGUGGAAAAAAACACCCUGAAAAUUUGGUGGUCAUAGUCAGGACCUUUACAUUUCAUAUCCUACCUCUAACAAAUGUUGUCAUACAAGAACAUACCAAAUAAAGUGCGCUCGACAUGCCUGUGUUUAUUUGAGCUUUGACAUAUAUAAAAUCACGUUUAUUAGAGAUCUAUUUUUGAUUCAAUCUCAUUCAAUAAAGAGUUGAACCUCGCUUGCUGUUCGGCCAUACUUGUAGGUGUAAGUGGUGUAGAAUAAUUCAGAAAACCCAACAAACAUAACAUUAUAUAUCAAAACUAUUUGCCAAAAAAUGACUGAACAUGACAAAAAGCAUAGUAGUCCAAAUAACCAAAUAUGAAAUUAUAAAUUACUGGAGUAAAUAACUGACCUUUUUGUGAAAUCGUCACUGACCUAUAUUUGAAGUUCAUUGACAUUGUUUUAAUUGUUGCCCAAAAGUAAGUGUAAGACUUGUGUUGACGUGUUUCAAACUUCUGAUAUGUGAACCUUAGUUUAUUGUCGAAUAGGCACAGGCAAUUAUCAUUAGGAUGGCAAAUGGCUUCAUUGCUUCAUAAUGCUGUCAAAAUUCUGAGGAUGUAUAUUUGUGUCUAACAGUAAUGAUCUUCAAUACAGCGUAGGUUAUUUUCAUCAUCUGUGAUUGAGCCCUUGCAUGAAUUUGUUUAUUUAUUAAAUAAAACAUCGCUUAAAUUUUC